UAGUGGUCUCGAGCGCUCUUACGUCAUUUCCUCCGCUUUCCUCCGGAAGUACAGUUAUUUUUUAUUCACAGGAAGGGGGAAAAAAACACAGCUGUUGUUGAAAAAGAGAACAUCAAAAAUGCCUGCCUCAAAGAGAGAAGCAUCUCCCCCUGAUUCUCACCCCAAGAUAAAGAAGUUGGAUGAGGAUGAAGAAGAUCUGCCAUCCAGAGCCACAACAGCUACAGAUUCCUCCAAAACGGGAAAUAUGCUAGAAAAGACAGUAGAACCACGGACUAAGAAAAAACGGUCGUCUUCAAUGGAAGGGGAAAAUACACCAACCAAAAUAUGUAAACAGAGUUCCCCUCCUACAGAUUCCAGCAAAACAUCAGACCCACCUGUCAAAAAAGCCAAGCUUUUGAAAGCCACAAGUGCCUCCUCGUGUGGUGAAACUCCCUCGCAGAAUGCAAACUCUAAAGCUCCGCUAAAGCGAACGGCCUCCACGGAGUCUGAAGAGGAAUUAAGUAGUAGUGACAGCAGUAAAGUUGACUUCUUCAGAGCAAGGGAUGGUGAUGACAAGCCCCGAUGCAUCAAAAAAUAUUCCAACAAGGUCAAAGCUAAGCGUCUGGCUGAUGAGUCGUCAUCUGGUCCGCAGGACUCGAGCCACAGUUUACUCGAUGGACUUGUUUACCCUCCACAAAUGGAUCACACUUAUGGUAAAUUUUCUGAAUCAUCUUCUCUUCAAAGCCAAGAUCAGACGGAUGAAACAAAACCUGCAGAAGCUUUCACCGAACCAGAGAGGCAAGAUAUUUCAGGUGAUGUAUCACAAAAGGUGUCACCAGAUGCCUCCAUUUCUAAAGAAGGGAACACUAAUGAGACCAUCACAUGUGAAUCUGGUGCUGAAAUAAGUGUGUCUGUGGACGUAGAGAAUGAUGGGAAUCAAAAUUUCAUAAAUAGUAAUGAAACACCGGCAUCCUCUGGAGAAGUAGUAGUUUCCAAUAGCGCAGCCACAUCUGAGGGUGAGGAAUGUGAAAAGAAAGAAUCCAUCAAAUUCCAUGAAGAUCAAUAUAAGACACUAGCACCAUCUCAAGAAAUCCUAAACAGUGCAGAUACACAGAGCACUUCAACUUGUGUUAAUACAGAACAGGGAAAUGAAAAGGAGGAGUCUGAUUGCAGUUCAGGAAGUCGGACUGAUUUGAGCACACCGUUUGUUUCUGGAGGAGAUGAAACACAAUCUAAAGUCACAGAAGGUGAACAUGAGUUGCCAGAAGCUACAAAAAUACCAAGCACUUUUGAAGGCAACAGUGAUUAUAAACUAUGUGAAGCACCAUCAAAGAAAACAAACUUUGUCCCAGAACAGGAUUUUAUUGAUGCGAGUAAACUAGAGUGUCAGACCUUGGAAAAUCAAACAGCAGAGACUCAGACAGGCUUAAAGAUUCAGAAUUCUCUGAAAGAGGAAUUAAGUUCUUUAAGCAGACAAGACCAUGUGUCUGCUACAGGGGUCAUUUUUUGUGAGAAUGAGAGCCGAUUUUCCUCAAGAUCUGAAAAAGAAUUUGAAAAUAGUGACAAAGGAGUAGACUUGCUUCAGACUGCACCUAAUACUGAACCUUUGGUGCAAGUAAAAUGGAGUAAUGACACUGUGACAGCUGGCAGCUCUGCUAAACCAAACUGUGAGGAUGUUUGUGGGCAAACUCAAAGUGAGGCAUUUUCUGAAACUUCUAAAGCUCCAGAGGAUCAAAUUCUACCAGAAAAAGAUUUGCAGCAUCAAGAAAAUGAUCAACUAUAUGACAACAUAUCAAAACCAUCUGUAAUUGAAUAUUCUGCAGGCACAGACCCGGAAAAAGACACAUGUACCGAGAGUGCUUCUGUUCCCAGUCUAGAUAUUUCAGUAGAAACAGAAAUCCAGGAUGCUUGUGAAUCCACCACAAAAAGUAAAGAGGACGGGGUGUUGGAUAAUAUUCCACUGAUUCAAAACAAAGACACCACAAACCCUGAUUUUGUUGGUGAACUUGGGAGUCAAAACAAAAUGGAAAUGAAGACAGUAGCAACAUCUGAAAUCUUCACUGCAGGAGCUUUAGUUGAACUUCAAAAGCAGACGGAACAGGAGUGCAGUAAACACUCUGCUGAAAUUCAACAUCAGUUCCAACAUAAAAUGGAAAUGGAUUCGACUGCAGCAAACACAAUUUGUGAUCCAGAAGGAGAUGCACAAAUUCUGAAUAUCCAAGUCGUUGAUCUGCCUCCAGAUGUGCCUGAUUCAACUCAAAAACAUCUGGACGCUGCAAUCUGUAAAAGUAGUGAAGAUACUGAGGGUGUUGAUGCUGAGGAAAGUCAAAUAUCUGUUGACGUGGAGACUAAUGCCGCAUCAGAAAAGAGUUUUAAUGUUACACGGACGGUGGAGAUGAACGAGGUCGUGAGUGGAGCUCCCACAGGCAUUUCUGAGAAACUUCUAAAAGAGCAGGAAAAAGAAAAUUGUGAGAAUAGUGAGGAUGUUGAAGGUGUUGCUGCUGGUGAAAUUCAAAUAUUUGUGGAUAAGGAGACUGAUGAAACAUCCAAAAAUACUUUUGAUUUGACGCAGACAGUAGAAACAAUGAGCGAGGAAGUGAGCAAACCACCCGCAGACUUUUCUGAGAAACUUCUGAAAGAACAGGAAAAUGAAAAUUCUGAAAGCAGUGAAGAUGCUAAAUGUGUUGCUGAUGCUGAGAGUCAGAUAUCUGUGGAUGUGGAGACUAAUGCCUCAUCAGAAAGGAGUUUUAUUGAGACACAGAGGGUGGAAACGGAUGUGGAGAUGAACGAGGUAGUGAGCAAACCUACCACAGACAUUUCUGAAAAACUUCUGAAAGAGCAGGAAAAAGAAAAUUGUGAAAGUCGUGAAGCUGCUGCUGAAGGUGUUACUGCUGGUGAAAAUCAAAUAUUUGUGGAUCUGGUGACUGGUGUCACAUCAGAAAGAGCUUUUAGUAUGACACAGACUGUUGAAACAAUGAGCGAGGUAGUGAGCAAACCUCCUGCAGAGAUUUCUGAGAAACUUCUAAAAGAGCAGGAAAACUGUGAAAGCAGUGAAGAUGCUGAACGUGUUGCUGAUGCUGAGAGUCAAAUAUCCCUGGAUUUAGAGACUGAUGCUGGAUCAGAAAGAAGUUUUAAUGUGACACAGAACGUGGAGAUGAAUGAGGAAGUGAGCAAACCUUCUGCAGACAUUUCCGAGAAACUUCUGAAAGAGCUGGAAAUGGAAAAUUGUGAAAGUAGUGAAAAUGCUGUACUUGUUGCUGCCAGGGAAAUAUCCGUGAAUGUGGAGACUGAUGCUGCAUUAAAAAUCUGUUUUAAUGUGACGCAGACGGUGGAAAUCGACGCGGAGAUAAAUGAUGUAGUGAGCAAACCUCCCACAGAGAUUUCUGAGAAACUUGUCAAAGAGCAGGAAAAGGAAAACUGUGAGGAUGCUGAAUGUGUUGCUGAUGCUGAGAGGCAGAUAAAUUCACAUACUCCGACUGAAGCGAUGCAAGAGAUUUCCAACAAGAAUCUGGAAAAUGACUGUCAAGUGCCCUGCGAACUAAUUGCUGAUGCGACAGAUGCAGGAAACGCAAAAGAUGGGAAAAGUAACGAUAAUAUUUUUCAUGCAGCUGAGAAUGAAAUGGAUGUUGAUCUACACACUACAGCUUCAAUCCAGACCUGUACUGUGAUGUCAAGUGUAGAGACCAACUCUCUGACAAACCAGGAGAUCAAUGACCCCACAGCUGAAAAUCUAAAUGAUACUUAUAAAGAUGUGGAGAACAAUGCAGAAGAAGUUUGUGCAAAGGCUGCAUGUCAAAUAGAAACUAACGUACAGACUGCAACCUCAUCAGUGGAGGUCUGUAGCUCUAUGUCAAUGAUGGGCAUUCAUGAUCAAAUGAGUAGUGGACUCUCAAACAUGUCAAGGGAAUUGUUAGAGGAUCAUAAGAGUGAAGAUGAUAAAACAGUUGAGCGUGAUGUGGAUAUUUUAGAACACAAGGCUGUAAGUUGGUUUGAAACAGAGGAGAUUUCAUCUUCUUCUGUGGAAGAAAAUGAAAACCAGACACCGCCAGUCUUCCAAAGAUCUGUGCUGGACAUACAAAGUCAGCAAAUCCAGGAAGUCUGUGACCACACAACUGAUAAAAUAUCAGAAACGGUCCAUGAAGAUUUAAAUAAUGUAAACUCACAGAACGAUGGAGACCAGAUACACCCAGAAUCUCCAACUUUGCAGGAGGAUGCUGUUGAGAUGCAAAUACAGACCCCCUCCACAUCAGAGAUUUCUGAAGUUUUACCUUCAAUGGAAAUGGAUUGUGAUAAAAGGGAAAAAGAAGCAGAUAUGUCGUCCUCAGUGACACCAGAGCAAGUUUAUUUUGUCCCUGCAGAGGAAAUGCAAAACAUCCCCAAUCUCAAAGAACCAAAUACAGACUCUGAGUUAGAAAUAGUCCAUGGAAGUUCAAAUAUUACUACAAAUGAGUGUUUCCCAAAUGAAAGCAAAGCUGUUGAAGAAUCUGUUUGCUUUAUUGAGACGACAAAUGAAAUGGAAACACCAGAGAUGUCAAUACAAACAGAUUUACCAACCGCAGAGAUAUCAGAGCAAGUUUCAGAUGUGUUUGUUGUGGAAAUGCAAGACCAAAUGUGCCAAGAUGUUAAAGAUCCAAGCAUAGAACCCCAGUUUGUCACUUCAGCAGAGCCUGAACUCAGAAUGGAAGAUCAGCCCAAACCACUUUCACCACUUCAAAUUGAAACGGAAGUCGAGGAGUGCCUGAAAGUUACUCGACCUGAAACGGAUGUAUCUGGAAUAAUUUCUAAGGGGCCCAACUCAACGCAAUCCAACAAAAAUAUAAACGAGUCACUUGAAGAAUACAAAACUAUUGCUGAGUUUGAAAAGGGUAUAAAGAUGCAAACACAACCUGCAGAGAUUUCAAAGCAAACAGAAACACAGACUGCAGAGACCUCAGAGCAAGUUUCAAAUGUGUCAGCUGAGCGAAUCCAGGACCAAAUGUCUCAAGAUGUUAAAGUUUCAAGUACAAAUCUCCAGUUAGUGACUUCAGCAGAAAGUCAGCUCAAAAUGAGAGAUGAGUCAGAACCACCUUCACUGCUUCAAACUAAAACGCAAGUUGAGGAGCGACAGAAAGUCACUCAACCUGAGAUGGAUGUACCUGGAAUAAUCUUUAAUUCUUUAAAGGGGUCUGACUCAACUGAAUCUGACGAAAAUAUCAAGUCACUUGAAGAAUGCAAAACAAUUGACGAGUUUGAAACCAACAUGAAAAUGCAAACACAACCUGCAGAUAUUUCAAAGCAAACAGAUUUGCAGACUGUAGUGUCAUCUGAGCAAAUUUCAAAUCUAUCUGAAGAAGUUGUGCAAGACGAAACAAGCCAAGGCAUGAAAGAGACCAGCGAAGUCACUAAGAUCAUCACAGUUUCAGAAAAUCAAGUUGAAAUGGAAGAAGAAGUUGAUAACCCAAACGUGAAUGAACCUGCAAAAGAAGCAUCUGGAAAUGAGGAAUUUCUAUGGACUCCCUCAAAUGAUGGUCACGAAAAUGAACUUGUUGAGAAAUGUAUUCGCUCUGCCACAAAGUCGAAUGAAAUGGAAAUCCAAACAGAAACAGCAGAGAUUUACAAACCAACACCAAAACCAGAGACAGAAACUCAGGAGAUCAGUGAGUUCGCCUCAUACUCUGAGGAACAGAAAAAUUCUACUUUGACUGUUGAAUCUACUGUUGCUUCUCAAACUAAUGAAGAAUUGGAAAUGACGGCAUCAGUGACGGCUGAGAAAGGGAUUAACGAGAAAUUUGAUGAGGUCCAGGAAGCCCAAGAGGUCACAAAAAGAGAUCUAAGUGAGAGUAAAUUUGAAUGUAAUUCUGAAGCUCCUUUGGCAUCAGAGGGGCCUCCAGGAGGUUUGGCAGAACACCAUAGCUUUUUAGUAGAGGACAUUAGCAAUGAAGCUGUGGAGACAUUGGUUGAAAAUCAGAAAACACAAUCUGUUGUUGAGGUGGAAGAUGAAGAAAUUGUGAGACAAACAGAACCUGUUGUUGAAGACGUCCAAGAGAAAGUCAAUGUUAAUAGUUUGUCAAUGGAAAGUACAGAAUCUGCAUUGGCAAAGAAAACAGGAAGCGAAAUGAUUGAGACCAACACUGUUGAAGAAGCUGGAACUCAAAGCGAUGAAGUCAUUCUUUUUAUUUCUGAGCAACAAGAUGACACUGUAAUAGUAAUGGAGGAGCCCGUCAAGACUUUUAAUCAGUCUGAGUUUGAGCAUCAUGAAAACCAGGUGGUGUAUGAACCCAUCAGUAGUCCAGAGAGUAUUGGAGAGGAAAUUUGUGCCACAGCAGAGUUGCAUGGAGGAGUUUCUCUUUUGGAUCUACAGAACGCAGAGAACAACCACCUUGAAGGAGAUUUCUCAAAAUGUUCUGAUAAUUCGGACCUCACAAAUACUGAAGAUCACAGUACAGGGGACAAGGAAAUAGUUGAAGAAGAAGUUUGUAUCUCUGAUACUCAUGAACUCAAUGCAAUUGAAGCAGUCAAGGAGCCACAAUGUAUUCCACAAUCACAAUUAGAACAUAGUAAUGCCACUGCAGACACGAAAGAACUAUCAACCAUCAGCUCCAGUGACGAUGUCUGCAUGACGGAUGCUGAAAAUGUUCCAGAAAAACACGAGGGAAAUGACCUUCUGGAAUCUACAGCAGAGUUAUCCGAGCAGAUGCAGGUGGAUGCUACACCGCAGGAGGCCGCAGACGUAUCAGUGACGACUCAACCGGAAGUUACGGUAACAGAUCCCUCUGAAGAGUUUGUGAUCUUAGAACCCGUUCCAGAAAGUGAGAUUCAGUUUGAUAUCGUCACUCAAGCUGCAGCUGAAUCCGGUCUAUCAGCUUCACUGUCAAAGGAGGACGUUUCAGUUGAUGAAACAGCAAAUCAUAGUGUUUUGAAUGACUCACAGCAAAGUGAGUUCCUUGAGGUUUCCCCAUCAGGUGACCACGACUCAGGUGAAGUUGUGGAUCAGGAGACAAAAACGGUCAUUCUUGAAGACCAGCAACCAUCACCUGGCAAAGUAGACACAGCGAUAACAGAGCCUCAACCUCAGCUCACAAAUGAAGACAGUGGUGCUGUUGUGACGGAGACUGCAGAAGGUCGUACUGAUCUACAGGAAGUCCAGAUUUUGGAGGAAAUGGAAAUUGGUCGUGAAAUUACAGUGGCAGAAGAAAACGAGGAGGACGACGACAUUUCAAUUAUUGCAAAGCCAACGGAACAGGAAGUUCUUCCAAAGAAGUUGGAAGAAAAGAUAAGUGAAAAAACUAAAGACGACACUAGUGGGACGUCAAAACACAACAGUGCCGCUGAAAAAACGGAAGGAGGCAAAAAGGGACCAGAGGUGGAUAAACCCAAGAAACAAGAAAUGAACACGCAAGCAAGAACCAAGGCUCGUCUGGCGGCGCUGGCUGAACAAAAAGCGGCAGAGUCUAAGAGAUCGGCGAACAGACAGCAGCUGAAUCUUUUAGCACUUUGUGAGGAAAUCGCAGAGGACAUUGCCACAGACAGCAUGUUACUGAAGAGGAUAGAGGAGGAAAAACAGGCGGCUGCUGCAGCAGCUGCCAAGACGGAAGCAGCCAAGAAAAAUCCAACUGCUAAUGUACAAGAUACAGAUUUGGAUAAUGUUGUGACCCCCGCUGGACCAGAGGGUGUCUCUGCAUCUGAGGUACAAAGCCCAGAACCCACUGUAACACAAAGUGCUGACGCUCCUGUCUCACAAAGCGCAGAAGCACCUGCGACAAUAAAUGCUGAAACACCUGCCUUGCAAAGCUCAGAAGUUGCUCAAUCCUCAACCCAAACCAAGCCUCCAGCUGAGCCUUCAAAGAGACGCUUUUUCAUUUCUCAGGUUUCAGUGCCGCUGAAAGCUCACGAGAAAAAGAAGCUCACUCGAUAUCAAAGACUGAGGCAGGUCGAACUCCAGAGAGAGAAAAUGUCCUGGGCCCGUGUGAAAAAACUCAAAUCCGACCAAGCAAACCAGAUGUUUUCAGGCAUGGAAUGGCAAGCUCCGUUUGCUGCCGCCUCUUUGUUUCCAGCUAUUACUGUCGCAACAAGUCCUCCACCUGCAGCCUCACCGUCAAAAACGUCUUCAACCAGUCCUGCUACGACGAGCAAACCUGCUCAAUCAGAAGUUUCCAAGGCUGACCCUCCAAAAGAAGAACCAGCGAAAGCGACGGCUGUCAAAACAGAACCGUCGGCGACAGAAACUGCCAAAGACAAACCGAUUAAAACAGAAGUCACCAAAACUGACCCCACACAAGCAGACACCACAAAAAGUGUUCCUGUAAAAACAGAACCUGCCAAGACCGAACGUCCUGUUACCGAAACCCGAAUGACCACGAGGCAAAGCAAAGCUCAAGCCGCAAAAGCCGGCCCUGCGGCACCAGGACCUGCACCCAAAGUGACCCGGUCGGCAGCCAAAAGGAGCCUCCCAGCGGUUCCGCCUCCCAUGCCUAACGGACUGAAUUCUCAAAAGCCAAAACUGGAAAUUGAGUACAAGCCGUACAGACCCAGACCCAAGUACUCCUUUGAUGACUUUGAACUGGAUGAUGACGACCAGUUGUUAGCUCCCUUGAUAAAACAGAGUCUGCCUGUUCGGACCCCUCAACCCAGCCACCAGUCAUGCCCCGCCCCUUCAUCUAAACCCCAGUUAAAACCAGUCAGUCGGGCAAAUCUGAAAGCUCAGACUCCCGCACAGCUAAAAUCUACAGUUGAACCACGAAUACCAUCGAAAGCUGCAACUUCUGUUUUACCAAAGUCAGCCAGCGCUCCACCUCCAGCUUCUCCACAGUCCAAACCCGUUCCAGCUGCAGGACAGCCUAAAGCUGCUGCUUCUGCCACCCCCCAGUCCCAGACAGCAGUUGCCCAGUUCAAACAGCCUCCUCCAGCAUCAGCAGUUUCAGCAAAGACUGCCGUUGCUUCAGUGCCUCAGAAAUCCUCCAGCCCCCCUUCGCAGGAAGAUGACAAAACCAAGCAGUCAGCGAGCGUUUCUUCAUCUGAUUCCUCCCUUAUCCCUGCGAAAGACUCCCAAGUUUCCAGUAACACACCGGAGGAAGAAAAGCCAGCAGAAAAUAAAACAGAAAAAAUCAAGAUACUGGGGAAUGAAUCGCAAAAGCCUCACCAGGAGAACAGUGUAUCGAAGCCCCAGGAAGGUGCAGCUCCGCUCUCCGAAGCUCGUCUCCAAAGAGAGGUCAAGAAAAUAAAGGAGGCGGACAAAGACGGCACUCAGACUGUCAUCGAUGCAGGACAGAAGCACUUUGGACCAGUGGCCUGCAGCGUGUGUGGGAUGCUGUACUCUGCUGCCAAUGCCGAGGAUGAAUCCCAGCAUUUGCUUUUUCAUAACCAGUUUGUCAGCGCUAUCAAAUAUGUGGGAUGGAAAAAAGAGAGGAUUCUGGCAGAAUACCCUGAUGGAAAGAUCAUCCUGGUCCUACCUGAUGAUCCCAAAUAUGCCCUAAAGAAGGUUGAAGAGAUUCGGGAGAUGGUGGACAAUGACCUUGGCUUCCAGCAGGUGGAGAUGAAGUGUCCCUCUCAGACCAAAACGUUCCUCUUCAUCUCUAUUGACAAGAAAGUGGCUGGAUGUCUCAUAGCGGAGCACAUCCAGGAGGGUUUCAGGGUCAUUGAGGAGGCCCCGCCUGAGGGAUCCGAGGGGGAGAAGGUGAUGUUUGAGCGUCAGAGAGCGUGGUGCUGCUCCACCACGCCGGAGCCGGCCAUCUGCGGCAUCAGUCGCAUCUGGGUGGUCAGCAUGAUGAGACGGCAGGGCAUCGCCUCGCGAAUGCUGGAGUGUCUCAGGAAUAAUUUCAUUUUCGGCUCUUACUUGAGCAAGGAUGAGAUUGCUUUCUCCGAUCCCACUCCUGACGGAAAACUCUUUGCCACAAACUAUUUCGGCACCUCUCAGUUUUUAGUUUACAACUUUGUGAGCGGGACUCGUUUCUCCCAACCCAAAACUCAUAAGGUAUGACGGUCAGCGGAGCCCCGGAUUUAAACUCACCAGUAAACCCACGACACCAAGUCUGCUCUGUGUGUAAAAACAGCACAAGCUGUAAAUAACUCCUCAACGAGGUCCGGUUCAAAUCUCAGGAUGAAAACAACAGGAAUUGUUGAAAAAAAUGCUUUGAAUUCACCCUUUAAUCCUUCAUUUUAUAACCAAUUUAAGGCUAUUUUGAAAGACUUUAGUUCACAUGCAUGACCUGAGAGCAAUAGAAACAAAAAGCAUAUCAUGUAUUUGACUCAAAGUAUUUUUUUGUUUGUAGCAUUUGAAUUUAAUCCAACUCCCCUCAACCAUCUUUGUGUUUUAUUGGCCACAAAUACACAACAAUUUGGGCUGAAAGUUGUGAGUUAUUGUUGGGGCAUUCAUUCAGAAAUGUUGCUCUCCAAACCGAGCCAUAUACCUUUUAGGAGAGGACUGUAGCCUUUAAUGUAUGACUGGUGUUUUUUUAUUUUUUUUUUAUUUUAUUUUUUAACACUUUUUGCCUCUAAACAGUAUAAAACUUUAUAUUCCUUUAGUUUAACAAAUCAUCUUAUUUUUUAGUAACAAAUUGAAAUUUAUAUGAAAUAAUCAUGUAGAUUUAUGCAUACUGUAACCAGAUUUUUAAAGGAAGACACGCGUUUAACGGUAUAGUCAGUGACGGUGAAUAUUAAACAUAUAAUUGUGUGCCCAAAAUCAAUAACUCCUAUUGUUAUCCCGUUUUUUUUCUUCUUUAUAAAUUAGUCGCUUUAAAGAGAUGUGUUGUGUAAGAAAACUAAUUUGAUUCAUACAAAGCUGUUAUGUAAAUAUUUAUUUAAAUAAACAUCUUUUUUCGGCC